AUGCAGAGGCGAGAGUUCUUGGAGUUGUUCGAGGCAGCACUUAGAGCGGCUAAGUCUGUGAAAGGUGCUGAGAGUUCUCCAGAGGUAUUGAGGUUUGUCGAUGCUAUGAAUCGUUUGAAGGAAGCACCUAAGUCACUUGUUUGUGACGUGGUCUGCAAAACCUCCAUGGGGAAGGGUUUGGGAUUCUUCAUUGAUCACAAAAACCCUAAAAUUCGAUCGGAAGGAAGGAUUCUUCGGGAUCUUUGGAUGAAGAUUCAUUAUGCUUCAGGUAGAGAAAAGAGUCGUGAUAGAGAAACUCCGGUGAAGAUUCCGACGCAUUCAACGAUGAAGAAGACUGGAGAUUCAAAACGAGAUAAAGUGCAUGAGAUUCUUCAAUCAUCUUUGGCUAAAGUCGCUACUGAGGUUGUUGACACGGAGAUGAAGAGACGAGUCAUGACUGUUUGUGAUCCUUGGGUUGUGGCUGUAUCUGUGGAAUCUGCAAUGUCGAUUCUGUUCAACAUGGGAGAUAGUAACAAUCCAGAUUUGAGGAGGAAAGUGUUAAUUGGUGAGAUCAGUGGGGAGAGAUUAGUGAAGAUGGAGAAAGACGAGAUGGGGAGUGAGAAGAUUCAGAAGGAGGUUCAAAGGAUUAAAGAGAGAGCAAGAUUUAAGGAAGAGAGUCGCAUGAAGAUGCUUCUUGCAUCAGCAGAUAUGAUCAUGACUUAG